AUGAUAAUAAUAAUAAUAAUAAUAAUAAUAAUAAUAAUAAUAAUAAUAAGAUAUAAUAUAAUAUAAUCAGAGGCUGGAUGGCCAUCUGUCAGGAAGGAUCGGAUGGUGUCUUCGUACCUAGAUUGUGCUUGCACUGGAUAUCCUUUGGGUCCCUUCCUAUUCAAUGAUGAUGAUGAUAAUAAUAAUAAUAAUAUCAUGAUGAUGAUGAUGAUGACAUUGCCUUCCCUGGAGGUUUCCAAGCAAAUGCUGGAUGGACAUCUGUUGGGAGGGAUUGAAUGUUGUCUUCAUACAUAGAUUGGGGUUGGAAUGGAUGGAUUUUGGGGUCCCUUCUAAUUCGAUAAUGAUAAUAAUAAUAAUAAUAAUAAUAAUAAUAAUAAUAAUAAUAAUAAUAUAAAAUAAUAAUAAAAUCCAGCAUAUCUAUCUUGUUUGCUGUGUCAUAAUAAAAUAAUAAUAAUAAUAAAUAUGAUGAUGAUGAUGAUGAUGACGACGACAUUGCCUUCCCUGGAGGUUUUAUUAUUAUAUUAUUAUUAUUAUUAUUAUUAUUAUUAUUAUUAUUAUUAUUAUUAUUAUUAUUAUUUCAAAGCAAUGCUGGAUGGCCAUCUGCCGGGAGAGAUUCGAUGGUGCCUUCCUGCCUGGCAGAACGGGGAAAAGGACUGAAUGGGGCCCCUUGCCAAUUUGGUAAUAUGUCUACCAUACGUUUCUAUGAGGCUGGAUGGCCAUCUGCCGGGAGGGAUCGGAUGGUGUCUUCCUGCCUAGAUUGGGGCUGCAAUGGUUGGCGCUCUUUGGCGUCUCCAUUAAUAAUAAUAAUUAAUACUAAUGGCUCUAUGGCCUGAAUUAUUCCACCAAAGGGAACCUCUGGCCCCAAAGAAUGAUACGGUCAGCAGGAUGACCGCUGGCCUGAGCGCAUGACUUCCCAAAGGAGACAAGGGCCUGCUCACGUCCGUCCAUCCAUCCUUCCGCCCACCUUCCUUUCUUUCUUUUUUCUUUGGCCGAUGAAUCGAUGAAUCACCGUCUGCUUCUGCAAACCUGGGAAGAUCUUUUCGGGGCGACGAGGGAUGAAUCAGCACCAGCCAGGUUCCAGCGCAGCGGAGGCUACACGGUGGAGGUGCACCUGAACGACUACCUGGACAUCCUGUGCCCGCACUACGAGGGGUCUUCGGGGGUCCCUCCGGCGGGGUCCAUGGAGCGCUACACGCUCUUCCUGGUGGAGCGGGAGGAGUUCCUGACGUGCCGGCCGCGGUCCAAGGAGCAGGUGCGCUGGGAGUGCAACCGGCCGGACACAGCCCACGGCCCCGAGCGCUUCUCCGAGAAGUUCCAGCGCUUCACCCCCUUCACCCUCGGGAAGGAGUUCCGCCCGGGACACGAGUACUACUACAUCUCAAAACCAAUCCACCGGCAUGGAGACGACUGCCUCAAGCUGCGGGUGAUGGUGGCCGGGAAGGACGCUCGGACGCUGCCCAGCCCCAAUGACCCCACACCGAAGGGGCGGCUCCAGUCAGAUGACCCGGAUGCCCCGAUGCUCCGCAGCGUGGGUCACAAUGCGGCCCCUUCCUUCCCCGGAAGCCCCUUCCCCUUCCCGGGGGUCCUCAUCCUCCUCCUCCUCCUCACCACGCUAAGGCUGCUUCCGCCGUUGGGGCCGUGAGCGGGGCCGGCCCUUCCUUUGGCCAAAGACUGACCCUCACGUCACGUCACGGGAGGAACACGGACCCUUCCCUCCGGCGCUAGAGUCCGGCCGCGGACUUCUUACUGGACGCUUGACCUCCAUGAGGAUGAAUAUGGACAACGUCUAAUGGAUUUGUGUACGGGUGCAGAUAAUUUAUUGGACACUCCAGUGCGGCCAACUGUUGGGAAGGCUCGGCUUGUGCUCUUCCGGCCGCGGCGGAAAAGGGGUUGGACUGGAUGGCCUUUAGAGGUCCCUUUAGGAUUCUCUCUCUCUUCUCUUGAGGGUUUCUAACCAGAGGCAGCAUGGCCAUCUGUCAGGAGGGAUUAGAUAGGCAGAAGAAGGUUGGACUGGAUGCCCUUUAGGGUUCCUAUCUAUCUAUGUAUCCAUUUAUUAUGCCUUCUUUGGGUCUUUUCUAUCUAUCUCUCUAGUAUGGCAGAUGAGGGUUGGACUAGAUGCCCUUUAGGGUUCCCUUCCGACUCUAGGAUCCUAGCUAUCUUCCUCUUCAGGCCUUUAAAUUGAUAGCUGGAUGGCCAUCUGUCGGGAGGGAUCGAAUGGUGUAGCUGAACUGGAUGGCCCUUGGAGGUCCCGCUCUGGGAUUCUAUCUAUCUUUUUAUCUAUCUAUCUAUCUAUCUAUCUAUCUAUCUAUCUAUCUAUCUAUCUAUCUUCCCUGGUGGAUUUGAAGCCAUGGCUGGAUGGACAUCUGCCGGGAGGGAUCAAAUGGUGUAGCUGUACUGGAUGGCCCUUGGA